AGCAUCUGGCAUCCCUUUUAUUAAAGCGUGAAAGUUCCUACUUUUGAGACGUAUAGGGCUACAAAAACAACUGCAGCCAAAACGCAAAUUGUUCAAUCUGUGGUUCGAAUUCGUAUGCGGGUGAGCGAUGAAAUUCGUGGUGCAUUGCAGACUGCAAGCGCGUGUGGGGUGGAUAUAACAAUCAAGGACAAUCGGCACUAAUUGACCUUUUCAUCCUGCCCCAUUCCUGUAGCUUGCUUUCCGACAUCGAGAGCGAACAGAUCAAAACAUUCGAAGUUAGAAGCUGUAAGAAGAGCAAAUAACCUCUUCCCUAACGAAUCGCGCGAAAAUUCAUAACGCAAAAAAUGAAAAUCAUCUGCACGCAAGUGUUCAAGUGCCUGCUGUCUUUUCUGCUGCUGCUGCUCUUCAUCUUGUUUAGCUUCGCUUCCCGUGUGCUCUUUGUUUAACGAUUGCCGUACAAUUUGUGGUCCAGUUUUGCCCAUACAGCUAUCGCUGAUAAUACGACCGAUCUUAUUCUUCCGUACGCCUAUCAUCAGCUGUUUGUUUCGUCAAUUUCGCGGUUCGUCGUACUUUCACGCUAGACGCGCAACGUACAGAUAGCACCGUAUCUUAUCGCCAUACCCGUACGCUAAACGACAGUAAACGAAACAGUAAAAGCAAAACAAAGGCCAUCUUGCCGGAGACCGGAAAUCAUCCCUAACAGAACGGCGGCUGAGUGGAAACAAUUGGUCGUCACAAGAUUUGGCGCGUGAAUUGGUUCGUCUGUUCGGCAGCUCUUUGUAAUGCUCCCGCUUAAUGUGGCAGUAGAUCUUGUGAAGCACUUCUGCAUGCUUCGCACGGUAUAAUGGCAGACGACGAUGAGAUCAGAACGGCCGUACAUUCAUUUUAUACGAUUCAGCAUCAGCAGCAGCAGCAAACACACCAACCGGUUGUACAUCACCAUUCUAUGAUGCACGGUUCCCAGAGCUAUGGUAGCGGUCCACCCAUGAACGCGCUUGGCAUGUCACGCUCGCAAUCGCACACGGUUAAUCUGUUGAGCGAAGACUUUAUUGCCGGGUACAUGGAGCAGGGCCGCAUGUCCGUCGUCCGAAGAUUCUUCUGCCUUUUCGUUACAUUCGAUGUCGUAUUCAUUUCGCUGCUGUGGAUCAUUUGCGUUGUGAUCACCGGCGACAACGUAAUACAUGCACUGCAAACUCAGGUCCUGCACUAUACAGUUUACACAUCGCUAUUUGAUGUCGUUAUUGCUGCCCUCAUUAGAUUUAUUUUUCUUAUACUGUUUUAUGGGCUGCUCAGUAUCAGCCAUUGGCUAGUGAUAGCGUUAUCUACAACUAGUUCCUGUACUUUCCUUAUGAGCAAGGUAUUUUUUUACGAUUGGACUGCUACACCACAACCGGUUUUCGAGGUGCUUCUGAUAGUGGUAUCGUUUGUAUUGGCAUGGGGCGAAGCAUGGUUUCUAGAUUGUCGCGUUAUACCACAGGAACGAUAUGCACGAAACUAUUUCGUCGCGAUCACAAAUCCUGGUUCCAUGGAUGCGCGCACACCUUUACUGGGUCCAUUUCUGAGUGCAACAGUCGCUGGCCGUACGGAGAGUAUAGGCAACUUUUAUUCACCAUUCGAUUCCAUUCACAACAGCGACGACGAUGACGAUGAAGAUGAACAGGAUGCAGAGUUCAAGAAGAUGGGCACCGAGUGUGUACGAAAGGCGUACACGCUGCUCGAAUCCGAUGGUUGGAAGAUUGAAAAGGUAACUGCGAAGGGUGACACGAUCCAAAGCUGCCAGCAGGACAAGAUUGGUAAGGUGUACAAGCUGACGGCGAAGAUUAACUACCCGGCCCGUAAGCUAUUGGAGGAAUUGUUUUAUAAAAUUGAGGAUGUACCAAAGUGGAAUCCGACGCUUCUCGAAUCGAAGAUCAUUCGUAAAAUCGAUAGCCACACGGAUAUUUCCUACCAGGCCACGGUAGGCGGCGGUGGUGGUGUAGUAAAGUGUCGCGAUUUCGUUAACCUUCGCUGCUGGCAUCUUUGCCGCGAUGGGCGUGUGAUCGAGGGUGUCGACAUAUUACCGAACGCAUUAAUUAACCUUUCUCCGGUGACGGAAGAAUAUGAAGGAAAUGGUUCGAUCGAGCACAGUGACAAUAGUGAGAUGGAGGAGGACGAAAGUGUGGGUAGCAUCGGAAAGGGUGACGUUUCUGGGAAAAUUCCAGCCUCUAGAUCCGUUCCGCAGAUGAGCCAAUCGCACGGAGAGUUAAAACUGAGCGCAGAAGGGCCUAACGGUGCAAAGGAUAGCGUAAAGAAAGAUAAGACUGCAUUUAAAACGCUUAGCAAAAGUCUGGGCGCACAGGAUUUCGCUGCCGGGGCAGCCGGUGGUGGUGCCGGUUCCGACCCGGAGGAUGUAUUUUCGGAUGCACUGACGGACGAUCAGGAAGGAGCGAAGCCUGGAACUUCUUCGGGGAGUGAAAAGAAAAAGAAACGUACUGCCCGUGACGAUGGUGAAUCCACGGUAAAGGGUGGCAACGUUUAUGUGAGUGCUGCAAUCAGUAUAGAAUAUCCUGGUGCUCCAAAUACGAUAUUUAUUAGAGGAGAAAAUAAAGUGUCGUGCUGGGCGAUGCGGGAGCUCGAAAAUCAAAAGGAUCACUGUAUAUUUGAGUGGCUGCUGUGUUUGGAUCUGAAGGGCUAUAUUCCACGCUACGUGCUAGACACUGCCUACACAACGCUAAUGCAAGACUAUAUGAACUACCUUCGCAAGUACGUCGCAGAACUACGCAAGCAAGGGAAAGUGCCUGGUGGCUCGGAAUCCACCGCAUAGUGCUUCUACGUGAGCUAAAGAAACGCUCACUUUACUUCAUGAGUCAUUCGAAUUUAUAAUAGAUUUAUUAUGUUUCGCUCAGUGCAUUUUGUUCCGACCCUAUAUUUUACAGCUGUGCUAACGUGCGCGAUGAGAUUUGCUAGGCAAAAUUAGUUUUCCCUUACAGAAGAUAAGACAAAUGCUUUUGCUAAUGCGUAAAGUAGAAUGAGACGUUUAGUCAAUUAUACAGCAAAGUGUGGAAGGUGCUGCCAAUCACCAGAAUUCUGAACGAGGUGAAUUACAUUGAUGCAUGACAAUUAACCCCUUGUCCAUUAACCUAGCCCAGCGAAAGUAUUGUACUGGAAGAACAGAAAUAUCCAAGAUUCCUUUCUCCUGUUCUCAUUGUCUUUAAUAAGUAAAGUCUCCAUUUUUUUCCCUCGCGUUCAUACCACAGAAAAUCGUGAUCUUUUGAUGCUAUCUUUUACCGAGGAAGAGAUGAAGCAAAAGAGUGUUUCCUUUGUAAUUUUUCUAAUUGGUAUUGCUGUUAUUUUAUUGUGAUAUGAAUAAAAGAUUUAUAAUUGAGCGCGUACUACUGACAAA